CGUUAGUGCGGGUCAACGGUCGAGUUAUAAUCGUAGAAAACGUUCAGGCCUUUUCGUCCUUGUUACACGUCCAACCUGCCUUCAGCGACAAUGUGCUAGGGCCAGGGUGUGGCGUACUCUGUGUGUCCGACCUGACAGAGAGUGGCCGAUACGUUAAUCUCUAUCACGUCAACAUAGUUUUAACCUCACGUUUGUCAACAUUGUCCCCCUCGAACUCCUAGUGACGGGUCGGUUGUGCGUGUUGUGUGGUCAGUUUCUAUGCUAAACAAUGCUAUGUAAACCAACAUUUGGCAACUUUUGUAUAGUGUCAUUACUACAUUGUAUUUGGUCCUAUGAGAACACUAUGGGCAUACAUGCAUCCUUCUUCGCCCUUCUUGCGACAUUUGCUGCAAUAACAGGCGUCGAUUGUCAGUAUGGCAGCGCUGCACUUAACGCGGCGGCCGGAGCGGCCUUGCAUACUGCUGGUGCAGCCACUGGCAUUGUCAGUAAAGGGUUAAGCACAGUUAUCAUCGUCGUGAUCGUCAUCGCCGUCCUCAUCGUUCUGGCUGUCAUCGGCUGCAUCAUCUGCUGUGUAGUCAGUUGCUCCAAGGGAAAGAGGUCGGGAAGGGUUAUCGCACCUGUGAACACCCAACCACAAGUGACAGUCGCGACAACCACUGUCCCUCCAGGAAACACUGGAAUGGCACCGGUUCCACAUCACACACACUAACAGUUACAACAGCAUACACGGGACACAGUGGCGGUGUCAGUCCUCGCCUACAGCAGUAAACUGACUGUAUCUAGUAUUGACGUCAUUGAUAAGGAAUAGGGGACACGGAACACCAACGUCAAAGACGCCACAAUUCGCAAUCCACAGAGUUGCGGUCCUUAGAUAUGUGCCAGAAUUCUAAAUCUCAGAUUCGCCCUGAGGUAAUUCUUGGUUUGCCAGCACAAUACCCGUGCCCGUGGGUUUCUCCAAAGUGGUAAACGGCUAAGACCUUGGAUAAAUUCGAGCUUUCUCACCCCUUUGAGCUGGCACGCCUCGAUAUAACUGAAAUAUUGUUCAAAGCGUUUAAACCAAAACUUACUCAAUCUUUUCAACUGAGAUAAUCUGAUUUUAUUUUUUUAAACUAAGAUAACAAUGGAUUACAGGACCUUAAAUUAUGAGAGUCAGUUCAAUGAUAUGACGUCGUGUUUAUAAGGACCGCUUCGUAAGGCACCAAGACUGAACAUGGCGUGGAUAAGCCAAAUCAUCGUAACACAAUAUUUAUAAGUUUGAGUGAAAAUAACCUUCCAAUAGGUGAUUGUUAACAUAUUAUUCUGUGAUUUAAUAAGUUGUUAUUUUAUCUUGUGAAUAAACA